CCAGAACCGCCGACACAAAAAAAAAAAAAAAAAACCUGUAUCGGUACAGGCCAUCAAAAACGCAUUCGAGAUGACGUGCUGACCUGGCAACUGCCACCGGAUGCCAUCCUCCUCCUUCUUCUCCUUCCGAUCCCAAUAAUCUCAACAACGCGUCAUUUCUCCCACCCUCCCGCGGCUGCUUUUCCUCCUUACCACCGCCACCGCCACCGCCAUCGCCGCCGCCCUUUGUAGCCGUCGCGCCCGGACCACUGUCAUUUCCGUUUCCCGCUCACUCUCCGAUUCAAUAUCCUCCCUCCACUCUCAGAUCCCGAUUCCCCUCCUACCCCUCCACGCCGACUCCGAUUCAGGUUUUGGUCUGUAUGGUCUUUCAAUCCUGAUGCUUUUUCACUUGGGUCUUCUCGGUUACUCAUGGUUUCGGGCACUGUUUGGUUUUAGGUUGCCCAAAAACUCUGCUAUGGGAACUGAGGAGAUUAUGGGUGUAGAUGUGGGUGAUUGGUUUACACAAUUGGAAUAUGAACAAUGGGUGGCAAUUCCUGUUUUUGGCACAAGACCAUCAGCACGCUACAAGCAUGCCGCUGCCAUUGCUGAUGAUAAGUUAUAUAUAUUUGGUGGAAGUCGUAAUGGUCGGUACCUAUCUGAUAUACAGGUUUUUGAUUUCGGAAGCUUGGCUUGGUCUAGCAUUAAACCGAACAUUGAAUUGAAUGGUCAUAAAGUUGAGGAAAUGGGAUCACAGGAAGCUCUUCCUGCCACGUCAGACCACAGCAUGGUCAAGUGGGGAAACAAACUGCUUCUACUCAGUGGGCACUCCAAAAACUCUUCUAGUAGCAUGAUAGUGCACUUUAUUGAUCUACCAACACAACAAUUUGGCAUCCUUGAGACCUCAGGAGAUUCUCCUUCUGCUCGAGGGGGAUAUUCUGCUACAAUUGUUGGUUCUAGACUGGUGAUUUUUGGUGGAGAAGAUCGAAGUAGGAAGCUGCUGAAUGACAUUCACACCCUUAAUCUUGAAACCAUGAUGUGGGAACUGGUGGAAUCAAUGCAGACACCUCCAGCUCCGCGAUUUGACCACACAGCAGCAGUACAUGCAGGGCGCUACCUUUUGGUAUUUGGUGGUUGUUCUCAUUCGAUCUUCUUCAAUGAUCUUCAUGUGCUUGACCUACAGACGAUGGAGUGGAGCCAACCAGAGAUUCAAGGUGAUUUGGUGACUCCUAGGGCUGGUCAUGCUGGUGUAAGCAUUGGUGAGCACUGGUAUAUCGUAGGCGGAGGAGAUAAUAAAAAUGGUUCUGUAGAGACCCUUGCAUUGAACAUGCCCAAGCUUGCAUGGUCAACAUUGACCGGCGUAAAGGAAAGACACCCACUUGCCAGUGAGGGGCUAAGUGUUUGCUCUGCAUUGAUCAAUGGGGAGAAGUACUUGGCUUCUUUUGGUGGCUAUAAUGGGAAAUAUACUAAUGAGGUCUUUGUUAUGCGACUGAAACCCAGAGACACGUUACGGCCCAAGAUUUAUCAGUCACCAGCAGCUGCAGCAGCAGCUGCUUCUGUUACAGCUGCAUAUGCCUUGGCCAAAUCUGAGAAGCUGGAUGCUUCCCGCAUAGAAGCAAACUCGAGAGAACGAGGUAAAAAGAAACCUUCUCAGGAAGACCUCGUUAUUGAAAUCGAUGCAAUAAAGGAAGACAAAAAGACACUGGAAGUGUCACUAGCAGAUGCCAGGGCUGAGAAUUCUGGACUCAGAGAAAAGAUCGAUGAAGUUAACAGUACUCAUGCUGAUUUAUCGAAGGAACUCCAUUCUGUGCAGGGUCAGUUGGUGACCGAGAGAUCGAGAUGCUUUAAACUCGAGGCACAAAUUGCUGAGCUGCAGAAGGCACUUGAAUCAUUGGAGUCGAUAGAAAACGAAGUCCAACUUCUCCGGAGACAGAAAUCUGUUCUGGAGCAGGAGAUUGAGAUGAAUGAUGCCGCUCAAAAGCAGGGUUCUGGGGUCUGGCGUUGGAUUGCUGGGUGAAAAAUCAUCACAACCCUACUGCUGCAGGCAAGGCAUCAACCUUUUGGUUCAUACCAUUUUUGUGAAGAUCCUGUUCGCUGCCAUCAGCCGAACUGGAUCACCGAGGAUCUGAAGCUGCCAAACAUUUGCGACAUUUACUUUCUCUUGAAGAAACUGUGGUUUCGGAAUUCAUGAACACAAUUGAAGUUCACCUCUUGUAUGAACUCCGAAGAUCCACAAUAGUACCUGCUGUGACGAAUUGGUCUUUUGCUGUUAGAAGCUUAAAUUAUUGGUUUCUGUGCUCUCCUCAUCGUCCGAAAUGAAGAAUUGUAUCAUAUUGCCAGUGAGAUUGAUCGUCUCACAAACUUAUACGCACCCAGUGCUACUUUCUUUUCUUUGUUUAUGUUGUCGAUUCAAUCAGAAAUCCCAAGAUAAUGGCUUACAGAUACAUUUAUAUGGUGAAAUAGUGAAUGUGUAAACAGAAUCGCUUGCAAAUCCAUUUCUUGUCAAAGCUUCUGAGGAUAAGUUUCGGCCAUCUUGCUUGAAAAACAAGAAAACCCGAGCGGGUGCAAUUCGCUUGAAGCAGUCAUUUUCACAAGCUAAAAUGUAGCAGAUAUAGUUACAGACUUACAGUACUCUGAAAUCUACCUAAAAGUUUAUAUAGUCAGGCAAACUACUCUAUAAUCACAUAUCACCAUUACCAUGUGAACAUAUACCGGACUUCUUUACGCUCUACAAGGGAAAAGAACACAUCUUCUGAAAUCUCCAUCAUCCCAGCACUAGUCCCGUAAACACCAUUCAUUAUCUUCACAUCUUUCAACUGAUGUCGCCAACAAGUACCAUUGCCGCAGCAGCUACCAGGAUCGACAUUCAUAAGCUUCCCGCAGAUGUACUGUAUUGAUAGGUGUAAGAGCGUAGUUAUAAUGAACUCGUAACAUAAGAAGCUGUACUUCAGUUGUUUUGGAAGGCGUUGAGUUAUGCCCACGAACUUAGGACGGCAAGCCCAGAACAGGCCAUCAAGAAGGUUAUCACACGCCUUCAGGCCAUCCUGGUAUGCCGAAUUCUCCCCAAAUUGCAAAUGUUGAACAACCGGAGGAGGGUAAGUGCAAUCAGCUUGGCUCAAGUCGAACGACACCUUUCAAAGAACCCAGCUCCAUCCAGCUUCAAGACCGUGUGGAGUUUACUUAAUCCCGUAAGAAACUGCCUCAAUCCAAGAAACCAUUCGUAUGUUAUGGGUAGACGAAAAUCAAUGUCAAACACUUCAACUAAGCAUUGGCAAUUCGAUGCCACAUUAAGGACAUUGAUUUUGCCUCGCAACCCGGAGCCACGUCUGGAGUAGUAGAGAUUAACCAGAUUGGGAGCAUCAAUCUCAAGCUCCUUCAGUGCCUCGAUCGGGUGGAAAUCGUCGAUCCUGAAAUGCAGAAGCUUAUCACUCGAAAUCCUUAUUUUAUCCAUUCUGUAGCUGCUGCUGCUGCUGCUGGGAUCCUUGAUCACAAAAUGCAGAGACUCCAAAGAUGGUAACUUGGAAAUUAACUCAUCAAGAUCAGACCCUGUCAAUCCCUUAGAGUCACUAAAUUCUAACACUUUGAGACUAGGGGCUGAAGAUGAAGAUACUACUUUCAGCUUACAUUGCCCUGUAUGUUUAAUGUCCAGAGUCUCUAGCAGUGGGGCAGCAGCUAGCUUAAGUUCAAUCAGGGAAUGCGGCUGCUCAAUGAUUAGGGUUUUCAAGUUCGGAAAAUUACCGUCGGCGGAGAUCUCCAGCCUUUCCAAUUCAACGAGGGAUCCCAAACGCAGUGAUUCCAGACGUGUGGCAUUGGCAACGAACCUGCGAAGGACGCUUUCGUCGACCUUGACGUUCUGGAGAUGGAAAACCCUAAGACUGUCGAAGGAAACUGAGCGGUUUCGGAAUCCAUCGUCAUCAUCCAAUCUGCAACCUCUCAGCUUCAGAACCUCGGUGCGACUGCAAUUCGAAAGCAAUCCCUCUGGGAAAUCAUGGAAUCCGUCCGUUUCAACUACAAUCUCUACGGGAGAUAGGGUAUGAUUCACGGCCAGCGCCGCUGCCGACGCCAGCAGCGCGGUGAGUUCCUCGCCGGCGAAAUCGCGAUUGGGCGGCGAUGAGAUCCUGAACACGUCCAACGGCAUCCCGUAGUUGUCAUGGUCCGAAAGCCUCCUCGACCAGGCGGCGGCGAAGCUGCUGAACUUUUCCCCAAGAUCACACCGACGAUCGGCGAAGUCCUCGUGGCGAAAUUCCAGCACCGGGUACGAGCGCCAGAAUUGGAGCCAGCUUCUGGACAAUGCGCUUGUUCUCGCCGCCUGAAUUGGAGAGUUGAGGCGGUCAAGAAUAAUGUGGAUUACUUUAGAAGGAAGAUCAGAUAUUCGAUCAGUGCCGCCGCCGCCGCCGGCUGCGUCGAUCCGCGGCGACUCUUUCAUUGCUCUGCGUCG